CGCUCCUGGAGCGUGACCCCUUGCUCCUCGCCCCGAGGCCUGUGGCGAGCCGGUCCGUUGGGGCAGAACCAUGGACGAAAAACCUUUCGGAGCGUCUUUGGGCAGCCGAGCCUCAGACAUGUCGAGCCCAGAGGACAUCCGGAAUCUGUCAGACAUGUCGAGCCCAGAGGACAUCCGGAGUCUGUGGACCAGGGCCACGCUGUCGCAGCCGAAGCUGAAUAUGCCGCGGUCCAGUGUUUGCGAGGACUCGGACGUGGAGGGCAGCAGCGUCAGCAGCAAGUCUCACCCGUGGUACAACCAGCAGGCCAGAGGCGACUCGGACGGUGUUUGGGAAGAAUGGGGUAUCAGAGAGGACAAGGACAGUUUCAAAGAGGAGGAUCUGGACAAGCCCUCCGCGCUGGCGCUGGAGCUAAGUCGGGCCCGCUCCCUGGGAAGCCAUUUAGAGAAGCAGGACGGCGAUUCCAAGGAGUCCAAGACGGACACCGAAAUGACUUCCUCAGAGUCAUCGCUCAAUAUCUCAAAGCACACACCUCAUCGAGCCUACUGGAUGGAGCAGCAGAACAGGCUGCCACUGCCUCUGAUGGACCUCAUGGAGAAUGAAGCUCUGGAAAUCCUCACCAAAGCCCUCAGGAGCUACCGGUCAGGGAUUGGCUGGGACCACUUCCUGACCAAGCAGCUGCAGCGAUACAUCGAGGGGCUCAGGAGGCGCCGGAACAAGAGGCUGCGCCUCUUGAUGCACUGAGAACACCGCCUGGGGCUCGGGCUGGAGUGACAAGACAGCCCGGCUCCAGUCCCUGGGCCCCCGGCCCGUGCCCAGACACAAGCCCGACCCUGUCCACAUGGAAUUUGAGUCCUAGAGAAAUAAAAGACUCUGUGCACGGUC